UAGUGCGAGUGUGCGAGUAGUUAACCCGCAUUCCCUGCGGAAACAAGAGCCACACAACAUAACAAGAUAGAAACCAUACAUACACCCUUUUCUUAUUCUUAGCCGGCGACGCAUAACCGAUGGCUCUCCGUAGUGUAUCGCCGUCUCUCUUAAAACUAACUUCAUCUCUCCGUCUAUACUCUCCCAAACUCCGCUCUAAUCACCACCGUCUUCCUCCCUUGCGCCGCCGUGCAAUCUCCGCCACUGCAGUUGAACUGGUCAACAACAACAAGUCGGAUAACAAAAUCAUCACCCCAGCAGCGAAUCAAUCGGCCGAUGAAGAUGUCAGAAUCGUUCUUCCAACCAAUCAGUCUUCCGCAAAGCUCCUUAGGAUCCGUCACACUUGUGCUCAUGUUAUGGCCAUGGCUGUUCAAAAGGUCUUUCCAGAUGCUAAAGUAACUAUAGGGCCUUGGAUUGAUAAUGGUUUCUACUACGACUUUGACAUGGAGCCUCUAACGGACAAAGAUCUUAAAAGGAUUAAGAAGGAAAUGGAUCGCAUUAUUGGCCGGAAUUUACCUCUAGUUAGGGAGGAAGUUACGAGAGAAGAAGCUCGGGAAAGGAUUGCUGCCAUCAAUGAACCAUAUAAAAUGGAGAUUUUAGAAAGCAUCAGGGAAGAGCCGAUAACAAUCUACCACAUAGGUAAUGAGUGGUGGGACCUUUGUGCUGGGCCUCAUGUUGAAUCCACCGGAAAUAUUAACAGGAAAGCUGUGGAGCUUGAAUCUGUUGCUGGUGCAUACUGGAGAGGAGACACAGAUAAACCAAUGCUCCAGAGGAUCUAUGGCACGGCAUGGGAGAAUGAAGAACAAUUGAAGGCAUAUGCUCACUUUAAAGCGGAGGCUAAACGUCGGGACCACCGCCGCAUUGGCCAAGACCUUGAUCUAUUUUCUAUACAGGAUGAAGCUGGUGGGGGUUUAGUUUUCUGGCAUCCAAAGGGUUCUAUUGUGAGGCAUCUGAUUGAGGAUGCUUGGAAAAAAAUUCACAUUAGACAAGAGUAUGAUCUACUGUAUACACCACAUGUAGCAAGGGCAGAUCUGUGGAAGAUCAGUGGCCAUCUGGACUUUUACAGGGAAAAUAUGUAUGACCAGAUGAACAUUGAAGAGGAGCUUUAUCAGCUUCGGCCAAUGAAUUGUCCAUAUCAUAUUCUGAUAUAUAAAAGAAAGCCGCAUUCUUAUAGGGAUUUUCCUAUUAGAGUUGCAGAGCUUGGAACAGUGUAUAGGUACGAGUUGUCUGGUGCCUUGCAUGGUCUCUUCCGUGUAAGAGGUUUUACUCAGGAUGACGCACACAUAUUUUGUUUAGAAGAUCAAAUCAAAGAUGAAAUUAGGGGUGUUCUUGAUCUUACCGAGGAGAUAUUACUACAAUUUGGUUUUGAAAAAUAUGAAGUGAACCUUUCGACUAGACCAGAAAAAUCUGUGGGAAACGAUGACAUAUGGGAAAAAGCAACAUUGGCGCUUAAGGAUGCCUUAGCAGAUAAAGGGUGGAAUUAUGAAAUUGAUGAAGGUGGUGGUGCGUUUUAUGGACCGAAGAUUGAUCUCAAGAUCGAGGAUGCUCUUGGAAGGAAGUGGCAGUGCUCAACUAUACAGGUUGAUUUCAAUUUACCAGAACGUUUUGACAUUACAUAUGUUGAUUCUGACUCGGUAAAGAAGCGCCCUAUCAUGAUUCAUAGAGCAGUUCUUGGUUCCUUAGAGAGGUUCUUUGGAGUGCUUAUAGAGCAUUAUGCUGGAGACUUUCCAUUAUGGCUUUCUCCAAUUCAAGCUCGAAUUUUGCCUGUCACAGACAUGCAGUUGGACUACUGUAAAGAGGUCACCAGAAAGAUGAAAGCUAACGGUAUUCGGGCUGAAGUUUGCAGUGGUGAGCGUCUGCCAAAGCUCAUCAGAAAUGCUGAAAAACAAAAAAUUCCUCUAAUGGCAGUUAUUGGGCCCAAGGAAGUCGAGACACGUACAGUUACAGUUAGGUCUAGGUUUUCGGGGGAGCUUGGAUCCAUGGCAAUUGACGAUUUUAUUAGGCAAAUGGAACAUGCAACUGAAAACAGAACAUUCAUUUAAGACAGUUUGGAUAUGAAAAUUCUUAGUUUCCAAUUAUACUUUCUGCUUUGUAUAAUGGUGCAAAAAUACUGUGAUAUCUGAGUAAAGGUAUGGUUGAGAAAUAAAAAAAUUUGUGCGCCCCUGA